GGGGCUUCAGGAGCUGACCCCGGAAGCAGUUCCUGUUUCCGGCCGGCGGCGGCGAGGCUCAGGAUCGUUGGCGGAAAUGACUCGCUCGAAGCGGAUACGGAAUCACAACAGCGACAAGAAGAAAAGUGUAUCAAAGCAAUGGAAAACGAAAAGGCGAACAAAAGAUUUAGACCAGAUUCACGAAGAUAUGAAACCUGAAAAUGCAAACAAAUUAUUACACCAGGAAGUAGAUCAUGAUGCCAUUGGAAGUGCGCAGUUCUAUUGUUUACACUGCGCGCGGUACUUCAUUGAUCAGAGAAGUCUCAAAGAGCAUUUUAAGACGAAAGUUCACAAACGAAGAUUAAAACAGCUGAGUGAAGAGCCAUACACUCAGGAAGAAGCGGAACGAGCAGCAGGAAUGGGCUCCUAUAUACCAGCAAAGAAAGUCAAAGUUGAGACACAGACAAUAGAGGAAGAAAUGAAAAUAUCAUAAUUUGAUCUUAUAAAAAAGAUGAAACUCUUUCCAAAGAAAGCUCUUCUAAUAUUGUUCAGAAUUUGUAUAUUUUUUUCAAUCUCAGAAACUUUCUGGCUUUGAUCUUAUUGAUUCAGCUAACCAUCUUAAAUAUCAGCGUCAUGUUUGCAAAAAUACACCUAAAACUGGUAACUUUAUCCUUUGAUAGGAUCGUAUUGUUGCUUUCUGUAUAGGCUGUGAAAACUGCUUACAGAGAUAAAUAAAUUCCAAUUAGAAGCUAA